CAUCUGCCAGGAAAUCUGCCUGGGUGGGUCAGCUCCUCCUCGGACCAGCCUUCAAAGACACAAUGCACGCUGGGCUGCCACCAGGAGCCAUUUCCACUUAGGGCCGCCCAGGUCCCAGCCGCUCUGCCUAACUGCCUCUGAGCCCCAGAUCAAGCUCACCUCCAUUCCCACCCUGGCCACGGCCCCCCUGGGAGGCCCUGGAGAUGCCCAGAGGCCUCCCGUCUGCAGUCCCCAGCGGGACCUAGCUCCAGACCACAGCCAGAGAAGGAGAGACUGGCCAUGGGGCGGCAGCGGUGGCCAGCCCUGGCCCUGGGGGCGGUCAGGGCUUCGCUGAUCCUGCUGGGGCUGCUGGUGCCAGCACAGGCGGUGGUGCGGGCCGUGCUGGAUGGCAACUCGAGCACAGUGGACUUUGCAGAUCUGCCGGCCUUGUUUGGGGUGCCCCUGGCCCCGGAGGGCGUGCGGGGCUACCUGAUAGAGGCCAAGCCAGCCAACGCAUGCCAUCCCAUCGAGGGCCCACAGCUAGGCAAUGGCUCCCUCGGCGCCAUCGUGCUGAUUCGCCGCUAUGACUGCACGUUUGACCUCAAGGUACUGCAUGCCCAGAGGGCCGGCUUCGAGGCAGCCAUCGUGCACAACGUCCACUCCGAUGACCUGGUGCGAAUGGGCCACGUCUACGAGGACCUGCGGCGCCAGAUCGCCAUCCCCUCGGUGUUCAUGGGCGAGGCUGCCUCACAGGACCUGCGGGCCAUCGUGCGCUGCGACAAAUCAGCCCAUGUCCUCCUGCUGCCCGACUACCCACCCUGCCCGGACCUGGACUGCCACCCUGUGCUGGCUGUCUCCUGGGUGCUGGGCCGUACCCUGGCCCUGCUCACGUCCGCCGUCUUUGUCCUGCGGCACCUAUGGAACUGGCUCUGGGCCUGGUGGACCCGUGAGCCGCCCGUCAAGGCACCAGCUGGCCAGAGGGCCCAGGUGCGCACCUUCACCAGGCGCAAUGACCUGUGUGCCAUCUGCCUGGACGAAUAUGAGGAGGGUGACCGACUCAAGAUCCUGCCCUGUUCCCACACGUACCACUGCAAAUGCAUCGACCCCUGGUUCUCCCAGGCCGCCCGGCACUCCUGCCCCGUGUGCAAGCAGUCGGUGGCCGGCACGGAGGAUGGCUCUGACUCCACUAUCAACAGCUAUGGCGAUGAGGAGGACUCCUCGCUGCCUGGCCGCCACCCCCCGAUCUGGGCCAUCCAGGCCCGGUUGCGGUCCCGGAGGCUGGAGCUCCUGGCCCGAGCCGGCCCCAGCCGCAGCCGUAGUGCCACCUCUGUGGGGGCAGCCGAAGCCCAUGCAUCCGAGGCGGGGCCCGCACAGCCCCACUGAGGCCCAUGGAGAUUGGGGCAGGGAGGGUAGAGGUGAGGAGUGUUUCUCGUCUGGGAACUGGAUAAUAAAGUGGGUUUGAAAGCG